UGUUUCUGAAUCCAAAGGCCAGAACUGAAGUACAUUUGCUUCCCAGAUGGACUCUCAGAGCAAAACAGGGAAGGUUUACCUGCAACCACACAAAGCUGGCAAGAAAUGGAAGCCAGUAUGGUUGUCUUUGUUUCCUCCCAGCAGCAGUGGAGUGGGUCGACUGGAGAUCCAGGACAUGGGAGGUGGUGGUGCCGGAGGUGAUCAUGUGGUCAGGAGACACUACCAGCCUCAUGUGGACAGAAAGCUGAAGGUGGUCCGACUGUCCGAGCUCAUCAGUGUCCUCAGACUCCCCCCGAACGCUGAGGCCUGCCCCAUGGACAACAUGUCUGCAUUUUGCGUGGAGAUGCGGGACAGGACGAUGGUGUUUGCUGCGCACAAAGACGACUGUGUGGAGUGGGUGGAAAAACUGUGUCACAACACGUUUCAGAGAGAUGUCUCCUCAGGAUCGAAUCAGCCUCAAAUGGAAGAGAACCAGAUAUAUGCCUCUGCAGAUGAUGCCUCAGAGUUCUGGGUGGUGGUUCAGAGGACGGACGCAGCGACACGCUGUGGCCUGAAAGGGUCAUACUGGCUGCAGGUUGGGCAGGAGGCGCUGCUGCUGAAAGAAACACAGAAGAAGAACAUUGUUAGAGAAUGGCCAUACGAACUGCUAAGACGAUAUGGAAAUGACAAGAUGGCCUUAACCAUCGAAGCAGGUCGACGCUGUGACUCUGGUCCUGGAGUGUUCACCUUUGAGACACAGCAGGCAGAGAAAAUAUUCUUACUGAUUCAGAGUACCAUCAAACGGAAGACUUCAGCCGUCAUUUCAGGCAAUCAAAACCAAGACAGUGAGAAGGUUAUCAUACCCAACAUACAGGCUCAUUCACCGCUCCCCAAAAUACCAGAUGUGACCAGUAUUGCUGCCAUUCUGCAGAACAAACUGAGGACACAGGAGAGUAAAUCUGCUGCUGUAGAAGAGAGCGCACAUGCUCAGGAAGAUUUGGUUGGUUCAUCAGAGAGUGUAUCAGUGCAGCCAGCUCCCAUCACCCUCAUGCCUCUCCCUCUGGUCCCCACACAUGACAGCCGCUCUGGAGGUCAUCUCCCCGGCCAAUCAGAAGCUGUAUAUGCUGACCCAGCUGAUUGCAUCCAAUCUGUAUCAAAACCGCAGCCAACCAUGGCUCUGUAUGUCGACCCUUUAUGUGUUCUCCCGCUCAAACCCCCCGGCUCAAAGGACUCUGUCACUACCACUCCUAACUCCUCUGCUGCACAUCCUUCCUUCAAUAUCAAUCACCCAGAUUCAGACUACUCGGAGGUGUACGACAAAAUCAGUCCAGUCCAGAGUAAACAAACUCAGAGCAAAGUAAAAAUCAAGCGUUUUAGAGAUGAUGAACCCAUUUAUACUGAACCUGUGAUCCGGAAAGAGGAAGUGUCUCUUAAAAAAGAAAGCGAACCAGACCAGUUCGCCCACCUUUAUGCUCAAGUCUGCAAAAAAACUCCGUCAUCUGCCAACACCAGCCCCUCUUCCUCUCCUUCCUCUUCCUCUCUGACAGCCAGUAUGAGCACGAUAAAAGCAACAGACCACUCAAUGGAUGAUGAUGUUAUCUACGAAAACCUGGGCAUCAUCUAAUUGUGCUCCUAGCAGGCACUCCUCACCUCGAGCAGAGGUAAGGAGACUCUGUCUGCCCACUACCAUAUUUUUGUUGAUGUGAGUCUUUUAGUCUUCAGCCCCAACCCGCACUGACAAGUAUUAUUAUCCCCUCCGAGGCCACAAAACUUUUUUUUUCACGUAUUGCAGUAAUACGUCCCAAUUUGAUACAGCACAAAUAUUAAAAUUCUGUAAAUAUUUUGAAAAAAACAAGUUUGUUUUUGCAUAUGUUUGUUGUUCUGCUGAAUAACUCAGAUAAGAAUGUUUACAAUAAAUGUGGCCUUUACGUAUUUUUUUCAUUUAUGUCAGAUUGUUACUCAUUAAACUGUAUAUACUGCAGCGUAAAUAUUUCUGUAAAUAGUGAAGAUAAAAUCAGUAUUUGUCACUUUCAUAGAGUGUUAUUCAAAGUAUUUUAAAGUCCUGCACCCCCAUCUCCCCUUUCCAUCUGAGUGACAUUGUAACACACAAUGUCACCUCUUUAUUUCAUUUUUUAAAAGUCCAUUUUACAACCAUGUAAUGGUCAAAACCAUUUCAUCUAAACCAAACAAUAUUUU